UUCUUAACAAAAAAUUGCUCUUUGUGAAAAAAUAUCAUCAGUCAGCUCUAAACUCGCAGAAAGUGCUUUCGAGAAAAAGCAGAUGGAUUCUCUACUUUAGAAAAACUGCUUUCUGUCUGAAUGUAGCCAUUCUCAUAUUUAAGCUGCGAGGGGCAGAAGUGGAAGCAUUGUUGUGGAACUGCAGGAUGUCCUGAGGAAGAAGUCAGCGUUCCAUUGCAGGGGCCACCGAGCCGCCCGCCUGCAUUCAGAAGCAGAGAGGCAUGCAUGAGGAGCCAUGCACCUCUCUCGCUCUCCUGUGCUUCUGUCCUCGUCUGCCUCUGAUCGCACCCGCAAGCGUGACUGACAGUUGAGUGUGGGGAUUCCCACCGUUGCCGACAGCCGCUGGGUUUUGUGUGACAACCUCAAUCAUUCUUUAAACUGCGGAACUGGAAACUGCGACAGAAGAUGUUGUUUUUUUGGCCCUGGUUACUUUUUCAUGUAUGUCAGGAAAAAGUGGAAGUCAAGCUCCAUUGAAUCAUUCUGAACUGGGCUGUGGCAUUAGUUCCUGAAUAUCAUGGAAAAGUUGUCUUCGGUUUGUAUGUAGUCCGUGCUUUACCAUGUUGAACCUGGAUUUAACUGGACCUAUACUAAAGGGCGAGUUAAAGAAUCUGGUGUAAACUUCAAGGAAGUCAGUAAAGAAAAUAAAGAUACCAUUUUUGGCGAGAUAUACACGUCGAUUGACAAUUUGGCAUUCACGUUUGGCAAUGUAGUGUCUGACUUCCUUAUGGGAGAUGUGGACAGUGGGUGCAGGUUGGGGUUUCCCCAGGCCAGAAGUCAUUCUUUUGAAAAUUUCUCUGAUGAUUCGAGGGGAUGUAAUCAGGAGCGAAAUGAUCUGGCAGAUCCUGCCUUGUCCUUCCCAGAAUUGUCCCCUGUGGAGCAGGUGGAUCUACUUUUGCUGAAAAAUGACAGCGGAGUAGAGUCGGCUUUGCUCUACGCUAAGGCCUGGUCCAAAUACACCAAAGACGUUCUGGCCUGGGUGGAGAAACGCCUCAGCUUGGACAUGGAAUGUGCCAAAAGCUUUGCUAAGAUGGCAGAAUCUGCAAAAGCAGUUGCAAGUCAACAGGACUACAUGCCCUUCCAGGAUAUUUAUGUGUCUGCCUUUAAAAAUGAGAUCGAGUACAAUCAGGUUCUGCUGCAAACAGCCGCAGCUCUGCAAACUAACAAAUUCAUACAGCCACUGCUGGCCCGGAAGAACGAUCUGGACAAGCAAAGGAAAGAGAUUAAAGAACAAUGGCAAAGAGAGCUGAAGAAAAUGAACGAGGCUGAAAACGCUGUGAAAAAGGCCCGGCUGCUGAAGGUGCAGAAGAGGGAGGAGUACGAGAAAGCACGCAGCUCCACCAGCCGCACCGAGGAGGAGCAGUCGGCCGCAGGAGGCAAAACUCUGGAGAAGAAACGAAGGGCGGAGGAAGAGGCCCUACAGAGGGCAGAGGAAGCACAUGGGCAGUAUAAAGCCAGCAUCGCCGAUCUAGAGGCAAGGAAGGUCAGCAUAUCGAGUGCCAAGAGUGAGAUACUCGCUCAGAUCCGGAAGCUGGUCUUUCAAUGUGACCUGACCCUGAAAGCGGUGACGGUGAACUGGCUCCAGAUGCAGCAGACUCAAACCGUGCCACUGCCAGUCAACUAUCAAGCUCUGUGCGAACAAGCCAAAAAGUAUGAGCCGGGCCAACGCUAUUCUGAGUUUGUGUGCAGCCUGCCAAAAGAGCGUGUGUGGCUGGAAUCUCUGUCUCAGGACAUCACCGCCCCCUCUAAAACUGGAAUGUCCUUUCAUAAGAGGUCUGUGAGCAGCACUCACUCUUCCCAUGGGAACCUAUCACAGGGCUCAGUCACCUCUGGGGAUAACCACAGCGCUGAUGAAGUCGAAGGGACCGCACAACCCUGCAAGGCCAAGAUCUCAGAGAGACGCUCCAAUAGCAGUGUAGACCUACAAGUGAGGACACCGGGCUCUCAGCGAGUCUGGAGCACAGGCAGUGCUGGUGGAGGAGGGAUGUGCAGUGAUUCAGAAAGCGCCGGAGGAAGCAGUGAGUCUCGCUCAAUGGACUCCCCAACUGCCAGUCCAGGGGAUUUUAAACGCAGGCUUCCCCGAACUCCCUCAACUGGUACCAUGUCUUCAGCGGAUGACCUGGAUGAGAGAGAACCACCUUCCCCAUCAGAUAAUGGUCUCGCUGAGAUGGUUAUGGAAGCGGCCAGUUCUCCCGGACCUUUCCGGAACGCUCUGAUGUCAAAAGCCUCGCAAACCCACAAGUUGAGAAAACUGCGCGCGCCCUCCAAAUGCAGAGAGUGUGACGGCCUUGUGGUGUUUCACGGAGCUGAGUGUGAGGAGUGUUCCUUGGCCUGUCAUAAGAAAUGCCUGGAAACUCUUGCCAUUCAGUGUGGUCAUAAAAAGCUCCAGGGCAGACUGCAUCUGUUUGGGAUCGACUUUGCUCAGGUUGCCAAGAACAGCCCUGAUGACAUUCCUUUCAUCAUCAAAAAAUGCACCUCUGAGAUCGAGAGUCGUGCCUUGAACAUUAAGGGCAUUUAUCGUGUGAAUGGGGCGAAGUCUCGUGUGGAAAAGCUGUGCCAGGCCUUCGAGAAUGGAAAAGACUUGGUGGAGCUUUCUGACCUUCACCCGCAUGACAUCAGCAACGUUCUCAAGCUUUACCUGAGACAGUUGCCGGAGCCAUUGAUUCUGUAUCGGUAUUAUAACGAUAUCAUCGGGCUGUCAAAAGAGAUCCACACCAUCUUGGUGGACGAGCCUGAUUCAGCUAAAUCGGGUCAAGGAGAGCAGCAGUGCCUCAGCAUUGAGCUCAAAAGAGUCAUCUUCAAAAUCAGAGACCUCCUUCGCCAGCUUCCUACAGCCCACUACAAAACCCUACAUUUCUUAAUCAACCACCUGCAAAGAGUAUCAGAGCAAGCCGAGGAGAAUAAGAUGACAGCUAGUAACCUCGGGAUCAUUUUCGGUCCCACGCUCAUCAAGCCCAGGCAGCUGGAUGCAGAAGUGUCCCUGUCCUCCUUGGUUGACUACCCACACCAGGCUCGCAUGAUAGAACUGCUCAUCACUCAUCAUCAAUUGAUUUUUGACGUCUCCCUCGGCCCCGUGUCUCCCACCACCCCAACGGCACCACGCACUUCCAUGGACAAAGAACCGAAACUCAGUCGCCACUCACGUUCUCUCAUGGAUAUCAAAGAGAGUGCUAAACUUUACAAGAGACACUCGUCUAUCAUUACCUCCUCACAACUGGAGGAAGUAAAGGAGGUGAAGAAAGGAACACAAACAUCUGGUGCUGGUUCAGAUGUCAACGGGCUCAUCUUGGGUCCCGUGGAGGCUCAGAAGACCACAUCAGUGUUCAGCCGGCCCAGUGCCAGCAGCCGAGUGGUGCAGAUGCGUCCCCAGAGGUCCAAGCAGGUGUCCCGACCCAUCAGCAUGCCUGUGGAUCGACUGCUUAAUGAGCGUAACAGCCGCAACAGCGCUGAGCAAGAAAGUACUCCAGCUGCUAUUCAGGAGACCACCGAACCAGAGAAGCCUUCGACGCCACGCCUCGCCAGUAACAGGAACACCUUCAUAGACACUCAGUCACUGAGAAGGACCUGGGACAAACAGUACAGGCAUUACGACGUGACGCCCCGAACUGCAAUGAUAGUGGCCAACCUUCCGUCCUCUGGUGUGACGAAUAAAGUAAAAUCAGCCGAGACUGUUCAAGGAACAGCGGUACCCAACUCUAGCUCUUAUAUAUCUGGUACUAACCUAUACAGCACAGCCCCAAUAACCUUUAGAGCGCCACGGACAUUAAAACCCCCUCCUGAAACUUUCUAUAAACCUCCAUCAACAGGCCAAUCCAGAUCAUUUGACUCAGGAACAAAAACAGGAACUAUAUAUACAACAUCAAUUACCAUAGUAACGACUGCGGUUACAGCAACAGUUGCAACAAUUGCUACAACAAUGGCCACGCCCCCUACCACACCCACAACGUCAAUGGCUACAGCUACAACGACGGCCAGGCCGGCAAUUACGACAUUGACGCUGUCAGUGGGUGCUUUAUCGGCAGAGACGGGAGAAGCCGAGGAAGGACUUUCUGAAAGUGACUCGCAAAGCCCCGUCAUGCGCUCUCCCCCUCAAUCUCCAAGCUCCAGCGCAGAGGAGCUCAGCCCUACUGACGCAAAGCCCCUUUAUCAGAGACGCAGCCGCCGUACGCAGGAGCUGGAGCGUAGAGAAGCCCACUUUGUUUAAACCCAAGCUUGGCCUAUAGGUCAGUUUUUGUCUUUGGUACAAUGUCUUCUGUUACACUCGUGACUGGAUGCUUAAGACUUUUUGUUCAUUUAAAUAUCAUCUAAUGGACCUAAGGUCUAAUGGACUUGUAUGUAUGUAUGUAUAUAAACUGUCUUGGUUGUGCCAUACUGUACUGUAUAUAUGUAAUUGUUUUAUAUCCCUUUGAGAAAGGGCAAAAAUAUUUAGAGAUAUGUAAGAUGUGGGCGCGAAACGUCUCAAUGGACAUAUUCUGGAUAAAUGGCUUUUUAUCCAGUCUGUGUAAGCUACAGUUUGAUCCAGGUCCAGAACAUUUGUGACAUUCACUUGAUACUAAGUGAGCAUUCUCAUGUAAAAAAAAAAGUCUUAUCUUUAUGCCAAAUGUGUCAGCAAGCAUAUCAUGUUUCCCUUUCACUGUGAUAAAAAUUUAUUCUAAACCAUCCAGAGGUUUUCAAAAGACACUUAUAUCAGUGAUUAGCCAUUUAUAUGAAUGUGUUGUUAAAAAAGGCUACAUGUAAAAUAUCCUUUGUAUAAACUUUGUAUAGUAUUGUCUAUAAGUUCAUGUCAUCAUGAUUAUUGUAAUGUACUUGCUAAGCCUAAGGGAUGUUUGUGACCUGAAUUUUUCACAUAUUUUUUAUGCUACGCCACUGCAUCAUCAUCGCCCUUGCAUGCUGAUGUAAUCAAGUUACUGCCAGGUAUUUUAUCUGUUGUACUGUUGUUGUUUUUUUACCUCUGUGCUGCUCCCGUGUUUUUUAGGCAGUGUGCGUGCAUCUGUUUCUGAGUUAUGUACAUUUGUUUACAUUUUGUACACCAUCUGCCAUUCACAUCUGACUAUACAAACAAUUCCUGAAAACAUGAAACAUGUUUGCAAAUUAAAUAUUUAGUUAAAACUA